AUGAAGAAGGAAUCUCAGAAUGGGAAGAAGGAGACGAACGAAUUCUCUAGGGAUUCGAAGCAGAAGAAUCCAUCUCAGAAGAACGUGAAGACUGAGACGGACGAGACGAUCAUGAAGAUUAAUCCGAAGGACACCGGUAGAGAUUAUCUGCUCGAGAGGAUCGCAUACUUCUGGAAAAGCUUCUAUGGAGGUGAUAUCAUCGAACACUCGUUUCAAUCUUACAGGGAGUUUCCGGCUGGGUAA